CCAAAACACCAAAAGGUCCAAAACACAUAUAUAUACACAAAACCCAUCAUCACAACCCAACCCUCAUCACAACACACACACAAAUGGUCUCUGCAACUCCAACUCCUCCAGGUCCAGACCCAAGCAUCAAGAGCUCUAAAAAUGUGUACCACAUCGGAGGCAUCCAAGUCGAAUUCCCGUACCAGCCGUACGGGUCGCAGCUCGCGUUCAUGGGUCGGGUCAUCUCGACUCUAGAUCGAGCCCAGAGAGAGAACCACUGUCACGCGCUCCUCGAGUCCCCGACCGGUACCGGAAAAUCGCUCUCGCUUCUCUGCUCCACUCUCGCUUGGCAGCAGAGCUGUAAAUUGAAGAACCAGUUCGCCAAUCUCACUCACUCCAAGCCCAAUCCCGAGGCUUUCACCGAUCCUCUCGCUCACGGUGGCGGAUUUGUUCCAGAAGUGGAACCCUCAGGUAAUGCGGGGCCGGAAAAUUUGGACCCAACUCAAUCUGCAGCAAACAACAAGAAUCAAAAGAAAAAGGCAGCACCCACCAUAUAUUAUGCAUCGAGGACACAUUCACAAAUUUCUCAAGUAAUUCGUGAAUAUCGAAAAACUGCUUACCGGGUCCCGAUGGCUGUUUUGGCGUCUAGGAAGCACUACUGCACCAACAAGCAUAUACGAGGGAAAGAUAAUAUUGAUGAAGAAUGCAAGUUGCUUUUGAGGGAUCGAGAAGUGGGAUGCCCAGAAUUUAAAAAUGCACAUAAAGUCAAGGGACAUCCAUCACUGCAGAAGGGAGGAUGCCAUGAGGCUCAUGAUAUAGAAGAUCUUGUGAGAGUUGGACAAGUUGUGAAAGGUUGUUCAUAUUAUGCAGCACGUUCUAUGGCAGAUGAUGCACAAUUGGUUUUCUGUCCAUACAGCUACGUCAUUAAUCCAGUCAUUCGAGGAGCGAUGGAUGUAGAUAUUAAAGAAGCCAUUGUGAUUCUUGAUGAAGCCCACAACAUAGAGGAUAUUGCUCGAGACGCUGGCAGUGUGGAUCUUGAAGAAGACAUUUUGUACAAAUUGCAGACGGAACUAGAGCAUCUCUGCACAGUGGAUGUUCUAACUUAUCAACCUUUAUAUGAAAUGACAGAGGACCUUAUAAGUUGGAUUGAGCGGAGGAAAAGUACACUAGAGAAACGUGACUUCCAGCACCACAUCUCUUGUUGGACUGGUGAUAAGGCUUUAAGAGAGCUCCAAGAGGCUAAUAUUUCACAGCAGUGCUUCCCAAUCUUGCUAGAAUGUGCCACGAAGGCAAUUAAAGCUGCUACAGAUUUAGAGUCGGAUGUAGCACGUUUAAGUGGCAUGUCAGUAAUAACUUUGGAAGGGUUAUUCUCUUCUCUAACUUACUUUUUCUCAAGAAAUGGGAGUCACAUUUAUGAUUAUCAGCUUGCUUUACAACGAUGUGUCAAAAGAGAUGCUGGAAAAGUUGGCAAUUGGACACAUACUUUCAGUUUGUGGUGCUUGAAUCCAGCUGUUGUUUUUAGAGACAUUGCUGAUCUUUCUUUGUCUGUCAUAUUAACAUCUGGGACUUUGUCUCCAAUGAAUACCUUUUCAUCUGAGCUUGGGGUUCAGUUUGGAACUUGUUUGGAAGCUCCACAUGUGAUUGAUGUUGAGUCACAGGUGUGGUCUGCUAUAAUACCCACUGGUCCAGGUAAUUAUCCACUGAAUGCAAGUUAUAAAACAGCAGAUGCAUAUGCAUUUCAGGAUGCACUUGGGAAAUCUUUAGAGGAGAUUUUUAACAUUGUUCCAGGAGGUUGUCUAGUGUUCUUCCCAAGUUAUAAGCUGAUGGAGAAACUAUGCAAUCGUUGGUCUGAAACUGGUCAAUGGUCACAGCUAACUACAAAAAAAUCCCUUUUUGUUGAGCCAAGAGGAGGAAGCCAAGAUGAUUUUGAACCUGUUUUGAAAGGUUACUAUGACUCAAUUCGUCUAGGCAAUAAACCUGCUUUUGGGAGAAAGAGUCGGGUAAAGAAAACAGACCUUAAUCACUUCAACACGGUCGAGUCCCCAGAAAAUUUAAAGAAAGGAGCUGCGUUUCUGGCAGUUUUCCGAGGAAAGGUUUCAGAAGGAAUUGACUUCUCUGAUGAUAAUGCCCGUGUGGUUAUAAUUGUUGGAAUUCCUUUUCCCAACAUGUUUGAUAUUCAAGUAUCGUUAAAGAAGAAAUAUAAUGAUACACAUAAAUCAUCCAAAGGCCUUCUAAGUGGGAAUGAGUGGUACUGUAACCAAGCCUUCCGAGCUCUAAAUCAAGCUGCAGGACGUUGUAUACGACAUAGGUUUGAUUAUGGAGCCAUUAUCCUAUUAGAUGAGCGCUAUCAGGAAGAAAGGAAUAGAGCAUACGUAUCAAAGUGGCUAAGGAAGUCAAUUAGACAAUAUGACAGCUUUGACUCUUCAAAAGACAGAUUAAAAUUGUUUUUCGAAGAUGUGAAGGAGUGGGUUGGGAAGAAUACUGUAAAUGUAUUACAGAAUUUUGACAUUAAAGAGGAAAAGUCUGAAAGUGCGAUUGUUGUGGGUCAAAGUAAAGGGCUUAGAAGAAAUGAAAAUCAGAAACUGAACAAGUCUGAUCAUUAUGGACGGAAAAGGAUUUCUAUGACAAAGUAUGAUGCUUCCCUUCCUUUGCAGAAAUCUCAAGGUAAUGUCAAAGUUCAGGCAUCUCUGAAAAUGGAUGAGGACACUAGCAACUGUAUAGAAUAUGUUGACCUUGAGUGCAGUUUUCAGAAAGACACAAGGUGCUCUGAGGAUUUUUCCAUGGCAUUCUCUGUUGAAGAUCCAGAUGUAUCUAUUGUCAAAGAAACCCCAUGCUCUACUAGUCCAGGAUCCUUGUCUAAGGAUGAAAACUCUUGUUCAACCAUAAUUGAGGAUUCUACUGAAUUUCCAGAUCAUGUAUCAGUUCAUUCAAUCUGUUUAGCUAGCGAAGGGAAAUCACUUUCUGGUGCCCAGUGUUCAGUGGUAGUUACUCCUGAAAAGAAUAUCACUAUGAACACCUACAGUUCUAUGCCAGAUAUGGAAUCAUCUUUGAAUUUAAGUGUUAAUUCUCAUACCCAAAAAAGGAGAAAGUCCAUGGGAACUCCACUUAUUAACCUUAUAGAAGAUGAACAAUCCGAUGCCCCCAAUGCUAUAACCCCUGUCUAUACUGGUUUAACAAGAAGCUCAAUGGCUAGCAAAGAUGCAAAUCGCAGAAUUGAAUUUGGUUUAGAGUCUAGUUGUGCAGAACACAAAUCUAAGAAGUCCAGUGUUUCUCGAUUGCUCACAAAGGACAAUUAUGUUGCUUCAUGUGUGCCUCCUAUUUCUUUUGUGGAGAAAAGAUUACAAAUUUCUUGUUUUCUCUGCAAAAGCCCUUUGGGUCUUCCUGAGAACCAUCUAUAUGUAAUGUGCCUGUUAACAUCAUCAUCGAAAGUCCACCUAGCAUCUGUUCUAAAAGAGAAAUUGGAACCUCAUGAUGUGAAUACACCUACAAGCAUACAAGUUGUCAUGACUGACAUUUUAUCUGUUCAUCCACAGCUCUAUUCCAGAAGAUCUGAAGGUGCUCCGGGACAGGGUGUUUGGUGUGAAGAAGAUGGGUGUGUAUUCAAUACCAUUUUCUGUCCUUUCUGCAGUAACCCCAACAGCUGUCUUGGUGUGCAGAUUGUGGCUACUGAUGCAUCAAAUGUUCAUUUACUUAAUAAGAUAUUGUUUUACCGUGCGCAUUUGGAAAUUAAGAAUCUUGAAACAUCAAGUGACAAGGUUUCAGAGGAAAAGAAUUUGUUGCCAGCCAGUGGCUCAGGCAUGGAAAAAGAAGCCAUCUUGAAUUCCAUUGAUAAAUUCUCUUACUCCCCACAGCAACAGAAUUCAGGAGGCUGGAGGACUACAAAAUCGAAGUUAAAACUACCAAAGAAAGGCUUGCUUUCUAAUUCAGAAGGUUAAUCUUGAAGAAGCAUAUUGGACUUCAAAUGCAUAUAUGAUUUUGAAAAGUAUAGAUUGGGAAGAUCAUGUGCUUCUCCAUACCUUGGUUACACCUUGAAAAUUAAAAGCUGGGCCAAGAUGUUGCCUCUGGAAGUUGAGUUUCCAGUUGAUGUGCUUCACCCCCUUGAUUAGCUUUUGGGAGUUGAGCAUUCACCAGCAACUCUUGCAAUCUCCAAAAGUCUAAUGGGGGUAGACUGUAUUCUGUUGCCCUGGGGCAUUGUAGAGGAAUCACUAAUUACUUAACUGCAGCAGCAGUAUCAGCACCAUCAGUGUUCCAUAUCCUAUAGAGGAACUGAGGAGCUAGUUGACCUUGCAGCUCAUGAUAAGGUGAAGCCAGUUGGAUUAUUGCAGUUCCUGGUAAGGUGCAGUCAGUUGGAUUGGAUGACUGGUGUUUAUGGUUCUAAUUUAAGUUGUUUAUAAGGUAUGAUUAUGGCCCUAAAGUCAUUUUUGAUCUGGUCUUUUGUUUAUAUCAAAAAAAAAAAUAGUGUAGUCUGACCACUUCUAAGGUGGAGUUUAGUAGCAUUUUGGAGUUAAUUUACAGAUCAAGAUCUUUAAUUGCAAUUAAGAUAAGACAUGU